CAGACGGAGAGAGGGCAGAGGCAACGGCCCUCUUCUGGAGGGGGGGGGGCUUAUUAUAACAAAUAUACACACACAUGUGUGAGCUGUUUGGCCGCACUAUAGGUCAUAUGUGGAUAACGGUUAUUUUAGUAAAGCAUACCACCGCGGCUUUACAUCUAAAAUGCCUAUUUUACUUUUCCUGUUAGACACGUCCGCCUCUAUGAAUCAGCGCACUUAUUUGGGUACGACGUAUCUGGACGUUGCUAAAGGCGCGGUUGAGGUCUUUAUGAAGCUGCGUGCCCGAGACCCGGCUAGUAGAGGCGACAGGUACAUGCUAGUUACAUUCGAUGAUCCACCAUACGGAGUGAAGGCAGGCUGGAAGGAGAACCAUGCAACCUUCAUGUGUGAGCUAAAGAACUUGCAGGCAUUUGGUCUGACCACUCUAGGUCAUGCGCUUCGCACAGCCUUUGACCUGCUUAACCUCAACCGCCUCGUCUCAGGCAUUGACAACUAUGGACAGGGACGUAACCCCUUCUUCCUCGAGCCAUCUUUGAUCAUCACUAUCACUGAUGGGAACAAGCUAACACACAGCUCUGGGGUGCCAGAUGAGCUGCACCUGCCUCUGAACUCCCCUCUGUCAGGCAGUGAACUAACCAAAGAGCCUUUUCGUUGGGACCAGCGUCUGUUUGCGUUGGUGCUGAGGCUGCCAGGAGCAGCAGCACCAGAUAACGAGCAGCUCGGUAGCGUCCCCACGGAUGAGUCUGCUAUCACUCAGAUGUGUGAAGUCACUGGAGGGCGAUCAUACUGUGUACGGACACAGAGGAUGUUGAACCAGUGUCUGGAAUCUCUGGUCCAAAAAGUUCAAAGCGGCGUGGUGAUUAAUUUUGAGAAGACAGGGCCAGAUCCGCCUCUCACUGGGGAAGAUAACGCAGUGGAAUCAAGUCGUCCCGUGUCUUCCUUCAGUCCUCAGCCGUGGCACAGUUGUCACAAACUCAUCUAUGUGCGGCCGAACCCAAAGACAGGAGUGCCAGUCGGACACUGGCCCAUACCAGAGUCCUUCUGGCCGGACCAGAAUUCUCCGACACUGCCACCUCGCUCUGCUCAUCCAAUGGUGCGUUUCUCUUGUGUGGACUGUGAGCCCAUGGUGAUUGACAAACUUCCCUUUGACAAGUAUGAGCUGGAGCCCUCUCCACUCACCCAAUUCAUUCUAGAAAGGAAAUCUCCACACAUGUGCUGGCAGGUGUUUGUUAACAGCAGUGCGAAGCAAAAUGACCUGGGACAUCCAUUCGGCUACCUUAAAGCCAGCACCACUCUCACCUGUGUUAACCUGUUUGUCAUGCCCUACAACUACCCAGUCCUUCUCCCACUCCUCGAUGAUUUGUUUAAAGUGCACAAACUAAAACCAAACCUCAAGUGGCGACAGGCCUUAGAGAUGUACCUGAAGACAAUGCCUCCAUACUACCUCUUGCCCUUAAAAAAGGCAUUGAGGAUGAUGGGCGCACCUAAUCUCAUCGCAGACACAAUGGACUGUGGCCUGAGUUACAGUGUCAUCUCAUAUUUAAAGAAGCUCAGUCAACAGGCGAAGAUUGAAUCAGACCGUUUUAUAGUGUCUGUGGGGAAAAAGGCUCCACAAGAAACUGGCAUAAAGGUGAAGAACCACUCCAGCUCUCUCUCACUGGCCCAUCGACGCGAUUUCAAGCAGUUGCUGCAGGGAAUCACUGGGGAAGGGCCUCUUCGACUGGUUGACAUCAAUUUCAAAGAGUUUGCUGGCUUCCAGAUUGCUCUGCCCAACAAGGAUGUAAAACCUCAAGCUUAUCGAAAUGCCUAUGACAUCCCAAGACGGAACCUUCUGGAUCAGCUCACCCGCAUGCGCUCUAAUAUAUUACGGACGUCACAGAAACUGAUUCGAGGACAAGAUGAAGACUAUCUACACAGCAUUCCAGUAGCUCAGAUGGGAAACUACCAGGAGUACCUAAAAAUGAUGCCAUCUCCUCUGAGGGAAAUUGACCCAGACCAACCAAAACGUCUGCACACAUUUGGGAAUCCUUUCAAACAGGAUAAGAAGGGCAUGAUGAUCGAUGAGGCUGAUGAGUUCGUUGCAGGUCCUCAAAACAAGAAGAGAGGAAAUUCCAGUGAUUCCAACUCCGGUUCUACUGUGAAGAGAAGGCGAAGUAUGUCUCCGCUGCUGCGGCGGCCACAGACUCCACCAGGAAACACCAACCAUGUGCCAGUGGGAAAGAUUCCAGCCGGGGUUCAGGGGCAGCAGAACCUCAUCAAACCCAUUCCAGUGAACAAAGUAGUGGAUGAAAACAAUGUGGCUGUCCCUGACAGUAAUGGUGAUGGGGUUCUUGAGCCUGAAUCUGGGGCAGUCUGGCCCACUGAGAUGGACUCUGUAGUUGGAAACCCAGCUUCGCUGACCCUUGAGGAGCAAGCCAGCAUGGGACCAGUUGACGGGGGAGAGGAUGUCAACAUGACGGAGGAGAGACUAGUGGAGGACUGUCUGAACGAGCAGCCGCAGGAGGAGAAACACAACUGUGAACGGCUCAGUCCGCAGAGCCAGCUCGACGGCUCUGAGGCCGACGAUGCCGUGCUUGAGACCAUUUUCAUAGCACCACUCGAUGGAAGCCAAGCCGAGCUGAGGACACGGGUCAUAAAGGAGGUCCGCAAGCCUGGGCGAAAUUAUGAGGCCAUACUGUCACUACUGCAGCAGGUGAAAGGGCCACUUAACGUUCAAAGGUACUUCAUCCAACACGCUAUCAAAGAGGCCGUCAGGUUCAAGAAGAGGGUACUGAUCGAGCAGCUGGAGUUGGCCCUUGCUGACUUGGAGCUGAAACAUGCAAUGUCCCUGCAGCUCCCCAACGAUCAUGGCAGAUAGUGACAAAGGCAUCUUUGACUUGUGACUGAAGUGUGUGUCAUUCCCUGCUGAAUAUCACCACUGGAAACAGAGAUGUCCACAUUGUGCAGCCUCAAAAAAGACUAACUGAGGAAGUUGAGGCAUAAAAAAGAAGAAUGCACUGAAAGCAGAUGCUCCUACAGUCCCCGUGUUCUUACAUCACAUCCUGUUAGAGGUGGAGCAUAAGGGGUUUAGCUGGAGGAGGGGCCUUCAGUGUAGAUCCAGUGCCGACGACUAAAGAGACUUUAAAAAUAAUCCUCUUCAUAUUGACUGAUGCCUUAAACCAUAUAUGGCUUUUGUCUGUAUCAGCACAUUGUUUAAAAGACAUGCACACACACACACAAUCACUAUGUUAAACAGACACACAAUAAGCUGACUGCUCAGUUAAUGGCAGAGCAAAGGAUGGAUGAUUCCUAUAUUCUUCAAAGACAGACAUUUGUUCAGCUGGUCUGAAAAGUGUAAGACUGAAAACCUUUUUUUAUACAGUAAAUAAGUUAAUGUUGCUGAAUGGCUGACAGGAGAAACCUGGUCAGUCGGUUACCCCUCUGAUUUUAGUGUUAUAUCUGCAUAGAUAAUGCACAGAUGUUGAUAGUGUUACCUGAUAUGUUCACUGGGAUAAUCCUGUUCUCAUAGGAUAAUGUUUGUAUUCAUUAAUAUUGAAGGUGGGCAACAUGGAUUCAGGCUGUGAGUAUGUCAUUUUAUGUUGCAGUAGCAGUUUACUGUUUAUUGUGAUAUACUGUCACUUUUCUGACAAAAUAUCCUGGUGGAAAUGUGUGUUCCCAGAUGUGAAUGAACCUUUAUUUAACUAGUCAUUCACAUUUACAUUAGAGCAUCAAGAACAGCAGCACAUAUCCAAAAAAGGGAGAAAAAAAAACACACAGUCAAAGCAUAAAAACAUAACAUGGGACAUUUUGUAAACUACAUGCAGUCUAUCACACAAUAACAGCAUGAGGGAAGAGAGCAAGAGUAAUGACAAACAAUGCACAAACAACAGCAGGAGGACAAUAAUACUUAAGUACAAACAAUGGCACACAAGACAGAAAGCUUUGAGAGUGGGUUCAAAGGCAGCUAUCAGUGAAAAUGUCUCCACGUCCAGGUUUAGUUGUGGCCUUGCAUGACGGCAAAACCAACAAGGGGAAAAAGAUGAUACAUAAUAACUGUAUCUACAAUGAUCUCUUUAUAAACUGUAAAGCUAAGUGUUCUCUCACCUCACACCACAACUGCCAUGUUGCCCACCCUUAAAUACAGGCAUGUGUGUCAGUGUGUGAGUGCGUGUGAGUCUUCACACACACACACACACACACACACCUGCCUUCUGGUGAAGUCACUUUCACACUGGGCCCUUUUUGUCUCUAAAUCACAGUUGUAUCGAGGUCAUACAGACGGAGCUUUGUAAAACUGAAACUGAUAUAGAAUAUAGAAGUAUUACGUGUCUUUGUUAUGCAUCAGUGUGUUGGACUGUAAAUGGACUCAUCACAUCCAUGAAAACCCAGAUGGCAGAUGUGUUUACUGGUGUAGUGACUGAGCAUCAGCGUCCUCCUACAGUUUACCUGCCGUAAAGCAAUACAACAUGGGUUCAGUGAAUGCAGCUGCAACCACACACACACUCAUACACACAACAUCUCUUCCUCCUCUCAGCACAACAAACACUCCAUUGUCUCCCACAAUCAAAACUUGAUUCAGAGGAGUUUCUGCAUGUGUCCGUGCCCAGUGGACGAUCAUGCAUUGUUGACGUGCAACAUUUUGAUUCUCUGCCCUCUGCUGCUCUACACGAGCCUCCUUCUCCUCUGUUCUCAUUGUUUUUACGACAGCUGUACACUACUUUUUAAUGUUGAUAAGGAAGAUAGACUAUUUUUGUGAAUUUGUUUAUUUCAGAGUAUAAGAACUAUUUUGGAAAAACAUGUUUAAAGCCAAUUUUGUAAGCUGUUAAAUAUGUAUACAAAGUGUAAAAUUUUAUGAACCUGCUCCUUUUUUUUCUACAAAAAACCCCCCACCUAGAAUGGGA